GUUGGAUUCCUAAAUCUAUACUAAAAUUAGUAUCAACAAGGGAUAUGCCUGCUUCUGCUAAAAAAUUAAACAUUCUACUAACAAAAAUGCCACGCAAAGAUCCUGACGUUUUUGCUUCUAGUUUUACACCUAGUUUAACUCCUACAGCUCAAUCACCAAUAGUUUCUCAUAUACAUGAGCGUAAUAUCCCUGAUAGUGACAUACCUAUUAUAACCGAAUCACCUACUAAAUGUGAGAAACGUGUUCGUUUUUUAGAACAAUCUUUACCAUCUUCUGAAAUUGAUAAUUCAAUCGUAAAACAUCCUAUAAAUUCUACUUCAAAAUCUACAUUUUGGAAAUCAUUUGUAGAGACAAUAUGUUUUAUAAGGAAUUAUGUUAUAAAGAAAAAGAGUAUUACUAGUGGAAUA